AUGGACACCCAGCGCCUGCCCGUGCUGCUGCUGCUGCUCCUGCUGGGGGCCUCGGUCCCCCACCCCUCCAGGGGUCUCCCUGAGGAGGACAUUCCCAAGGAGGACGGGGUCUUGGUUCUGAGCCACCACACCCUGAGUGUGGCCCUGCGGGAGCACCCGGCCCUGCUGGUGGAAUUCUACGCUCCGUGGUGUGGUCACUGCCAGGCACUGGCCCCUGAGUACAGCAGGGCAGCUGCUCUGCUGGCAGCUGAGUCAGCCCCGGCCACAUUGGCCAAGGUGGAUGGGCCUGCGGAGCCAGAACUAACCAAGGAGUUUGGUGUGACGGAGUACCCAACGCUCAAAUUCUUCCAUGACGGGAACCGCACGCACCCUGAGGAGUAUACAGGGCCCAGAGAGGCUGAGAGCAUGGCCGAGUGGCUGCGACGCCGGGUGGGGCCCAGCGCCACUCUCCUGGAGGAUGCAGAGGGUGCCCAAGCACUGAGGGACGCCCGGGAUGUGGUUGUGAUCGGCUUUUUCCAGGACCUGCAGGACGAGGAUGUGCCCACCUUCUUGGCCCUGGCCCGGGAUGCCCUGGACAUGACCUUCGGCCUCACGGACCAGCCAAAGCUUUUUGAGAAGUUUGGCCUCACCAAGGACACUGUGGUCCUCUUCAAGAAGUUCGACGAGGGAAGGGCCGACUUCCCGGUAGACGAGGAGCUUGGCCUGGACCUGGGGGACCUGUCCCGCUUCCUGGUCACACACAGCAUGCGCCUGGUCACAGAGUUCAACCGCCAGACGUCUCCCAAGAUCUUCGCUGCCAGGAUCCUCAACCAUCUGCUGCUGUUUGUGAACCAAACGCUGGCUCCGCACCGGGAGCUCCUGGCAGGCUUUGGGGAGGCGGCUGCUGGCUUCCGGGGGCAGGUGCUCUUCGUGGUGGUGGACGUGGCGGCAGACAAUGACCACGUGCUGCAGUACUUUGGCCUCCAGGCUGAGGCAGCCCCCUCUCUGCGCUUGGUCAACGUGGAGACUACCAAGAAGUACUCGUGGGCAGGCGGGGAGCCCAUCACCUCGGCUUCCGUGGCUGCCUUCUGCCACGCCGUCCUCCAUGGUGAAAUCAAGCCGUACCUCCUGAGCCAGGAGAUACCUCCCGACUGGGACCAGCGGCCCGUCAAGACCCUGGUGGGCAAGAAUUUUGAGCAGGUGGCUUUUGAUGAGACCAAGAACGUGUUUGUCAAGUUCUAUGCCCCGUGGUGCAGACACUGCAGGGAAAUGGCCCCAGCCUGGGAGGCACUGGCUGAGAAGUACAAGGACCGCGAAGACAUCGUCAUUGCGGAGCUGGACGCCACAGCCAACGAGCUGGAGGCCUUCACCGUGCACGGCUUCCCCACGCUCAAGUUCUUUCCUGCAGGGCCAGGCCAGAAGGUAAUUGAAUAUACAAGUGCCAGGGACCUGGAGACCUUUUCCAAGUUCCUGGACAGAGGGGGUGAGCUGCCUGAGGAGGAGCCCAUGGAGGAGCCUGCGGCCCCCCUCCCGGAGCUACUGACCAACUCUACCAUGGGGUCCAAGGAAGAGCUGUAGCCAGACCCUCCCACACCGGCUGGGCCUGGGGAGCAGUCGGCCUCUCUGGUGCCAGAGGGAGCUG